AUGACUGCAGAAGAGAUCAGGUACCCGUGCAAUAGAUGCGGCAGAACGUACAAUAUGAAAAGCAAUUUGCAAAGACACAUAAGAGAUGAAUGUGGAGUGGAGCCGAAAUUCUGUUGUCCCCACUGCAACUACAGAUCGAAACGGAAGGUUUUUAAUGAGCAAGACGAAGACUUGAUGCUGAUUGGAGAGGAGAUUCGGUAUCCAUGUGGAAGAUGUGGCAAAACCUACAAAUAUAAAGUUACUGAUGGACAAGACUUCGUAGUGAUUGGACAGGAGAUAAGGUACCCCUGUGAACGGUGUGACAAAACCUACAAAAAUAGAUCGGAGAUGAGGCGGCACAUGAAAGAGUGUGGAUUGGAGCCGAGGUUCCCGUGUCCCCACUGCGCUUACAGAACGAGACGGAAGGCUGACCUCAAAUCACAUGUAGCUGUGAGACAUUUGAAUUUCACCCUUCGCUGA